GGCGGUGGGCCCCGUUCUGGACACAUCAACAAUUUGGGACCGAGCUCCCCUGCACUGACGGCCUGACUGAGGGCUGCCGCACAAGGAGCCACCACCCGCCAGACCUGGCCCGAGUUGAAGCCAGAUUACAGACAGCCUAGCUAGCUCAACCCAACCUGCGAUCUAUCCAUUAUUUCGCGGCUCAGCAACGCCUUCGACCAACUUCCUCUCCUUUCCAACCCUCUGUCUACAUUUCCUUCUUCAACCGAGCCAUUGCCGCUCACCUUCUUUUCUUCUCUCCUUCUUGGAUGAAUCUCUAGUCGAGAUUAUUCCCGCCAAAAAUCGCCCAUCAUGAGUAGCCUACGAUUUCUCGACCUGGUCAAGCCCUUCGUGCCGUUCCUCCCUGAGGUUCAGCAGCCCGAGACCAAGGUCCCCUUCAACCAAAAGUUGAUGUGGACUGGGCUCACCCUCUUGAUCUUCCUGGUCAUGAGCCAGAUGCCCCUGUACGGCAUCGUCUCCUCUGACACCUCCGACCCGCUAUACUGGCUGCGUAUGAUGAUGGCGAGUAAUCGAGGAACUCUGAUGGAACUUGGUAUCACCCCAAUCGUCUCGUCCGGCAUGGUCUUCCAGCUCCUCGCUGGCACCCACCUGAUCGACGUCAACCUCGACCUCAAGUCGGACCGCGAGCUCUACCAGACCGCCCAGAAGCUGUUCGCUUUCAUCCUGUCUGCUGGCACUGCCACUGUCUACGUCUUCACCGGCCUCUACGGCCCUCCUUCCGACCUCGGCGCCGGUAUCGUCGUCCUGCUGAUCCUCCAGCUCUUCAUUGCUGGCAUGAUCGUCAUUCUGCUUGAUGAGCUUCUGCAGAAGGGGUACGGCCUCGGCAGUGGUAUCUCUCUCUUCAUCGCCACCAACAUCUGCGAGUCUAUCAUGUGGAAGGCCUUCUCCCCGACCAGCAUCAACACUGGCCGUGGCCCCGAGUACGAGGGUGCUGUCAUUGCCCUCUUCCACCUGCUCAUGACCUGGCCCAACAAGCAGCGCGCCCUGCAGGAGGCCUUCUACAGGCAGAACCUGCCCAACAUCAUGAACCUGCUGGCCACCCUCGUCGUCUUCGCCGCUGUCAUCUACCUCCAGGGCUUCCGCGUCGAGAUCCCCGUCAAGUCCUCCCGCCAGCGUGGUGCCCGUGGCUCUUACCCCGUCCGCCUGUUCUACACCUCCAACAUGCCCAUCAUGCUCCAGUCGGCCCUGUCCUCCAACGUCUUCCUCAUCUCCCAGAUGCUCGCCACCCGCUUCGGCGAGAACCUCCUCGUCCGUCUCUUUGGCGUCUGGGAGGCCAAGGAGGGAUCCGGCCAGCUGUCUCCCGUCUCUGGUCUUGUCUACUACAUGUCGCCACCUCUGAACAUGAAGGAUGCUCUGAUCGACCCCAUCCACACGCUCGUCUACAUCGCCUACAUGCUCACCGCUUGUGCUAUCUUCUCCAAGACCUGGAUCGAGGUCUCCGGCUCCAGCCCUCGCGAUGUUGCCAAGCAGCUCAAGGACCAGGGUCUUGUCAUGGCUGGUCACCGCGACCAGAGCAUGUACAAGGAGCUCAAGCGUAUUAUUCCCACCGCCGCCGCCUUCGGUGGCGCUUGCAUCGGAGCUCUCUCCGUUGCUAGCGAUCUGAUGGGCGCCCUUGGGUCCGGAACCGGAACCCUGCUCGCUGUCACUAUUAUCUACAGCUACUUCGAAAUCGCCGCCAAGGAAGGCGAUAUGUCCAGCAUGAAGGGCAUGAUCAUGGGCUAGACAGACUUGCCCAGAGGUAUGCAAGCGGUCUGAGGCUGCUUGCGUUUGUGAGCCAAUGGGGGUGGUUUUGGAGGAUGGGCUCGCGUGUAUUUAACAAUCUAAGUUUGCACCGAAAAGGAGGGAAGGCUUAGCAAUCCGGGUUGGGAAAAGCAUUCAAUGUUUUCGCUACACCAUGGAGAAACACAAGGCUCCGUGCAAGCCGCCCGCACAGGACGGAUGUGUAAAUGACCUUAUAGCAUAUUGAAGCAUCUAAUACCGGUGUCGCUUGCUUUGGAAACUGAUUUAGAGCCCACCACAUGCUUGGUCUUGCGAGCUGUCUUGUGCAACUGCCCCUGGUCAGGACGUGGUCUAUCAAAGUCGCAGAGAGCCAGCCCAGUGAGGAAACAGUAUUAGCAAGUGUCAUGUCUGUAUUGUUGUUUUACUUCCAACAUGCCCGUGGCGAUGCUCAGCACAGCGAUAAUUAUCGGUAUAUAGCUGCCCUCCAUUAUCCAACUCUAGUCGACCAUGGACUUGUACCACUCCAUUGCUCUUGUUUUGGAGCAUCUAACUAAGUACCAGUCUGCCUCCAACCCAAAAGGGGGAACGUAACCACACACAGGAACGCCUUACUCCGUAGCCUACCAGACCCAAAACGCAAAAUGCAUAAAUCCUGCUACCGCCCCGCGAUGACUUUCAAUAUCAUGCCCACCAGACAGACCACAAGCGCAGCGAUGACCCUAUCGAUCCACUUCGGCACCCCCCUGUCGUUGAGCGUGUGCUGCUGCUGCUGCAGCAGCUGCGCCUGCUGGGCCGGCACGGCGGUGUUGUUGUGCGCCGCGUUCGGCAGCGGGAGGGUCCUCGUGGGCUGGGGCACCGACUGGCCCGGCCGCGCCAGCCCGGCGGCCGCGGACGAGGCCGCGCC